CCAUGCCCUGUACUUCUCUUCCAGCAGUGAUGACGAGUUUGAAAUGUUUUUAGCCAGAAUGAAAACUCCCCAGUCUGUUUCUAAAAAGGCAGAUGCAAGUUUGAACGACUUAAGUGAUGACUCGGAUGAUUUCUUCUUGGACUUUAAAGUGAGAAAGAGCACAACAAAGAAUGCACAGAAGGAUCUUCAGACCCUGAAGAAGGUGAUGACUUCUGGAAAGAAAAACAGUUGCUGCCAAGAGUUGGAGUAUUCAGAGACUUCAAGUGACACUGAAGAUUCUGUCUUUGUAGAAAGUUCAUGGCAUGACUACCAAAAAGAGGAAGUGAAAGACUUGAAAGAGAGUCAAAGGUGCAUAAAACUCCCACCUCCACAAAACUCGAGACAGUCAGUUUCCAGAGGCAGUCCAGACUUGCUUGUUAGAAGGAAAGAAAGAAGCUGUGAAAACAGUACGGAAAAUGAAGUGCCAACUGCGGCACUGCGACAAAGUACAGAGGUAGAAUCAGACAGCUCAGGUGACGAAUUUGAGUCGUUAAUGGAACGGGUAAGGAAACGAAGUACACCCCGAAAACCAAUCUUAAGCACAAGUAAAACUGUCUACCAGCCAAGCACAACAGUUGUAAAAGCCUUUGCGUUCGAGUAUGCACAGCCCAGGGUGUGCUCAGUGCCUGGCUGUUUCUUGCAAGAUCUCUCAAAUCCAGCUUCCCUCUAUGUGAAGUAUUUCAAGAAAAAUAAAGAGAAGCUGGCACAGAAGCUCUACUGUCUGUAUAAUAGUACCAUCUUUGAGCAGAAGUUACCAGAGAAAAUGGUAAUAAUCUGGAAUAAGAAAAUGAGAAAAACAGCAGGAUAUUGUGUAACCGGGCAGACAGAAGGUCCUGAAGCAAAGCGUUAUGCUCGCAUAGAACUUUCUGAGAAAGUCUGUGACUCUGCAGAUCGUCUUCGAGACACGCUAGUUCAUGAGGCUUGCCAUGCAGCCACUUGGCUGAUCAAUGGUGUUCGCGAUGGACAUGGACGAUUCUGGAGAUUCUAUGCCAAUAAAUCAGCUGUGAUUCAUCCCGAACUGCCAGUAGUUACGCGAUGCCACAGCUAUGAGAUUAAUUACAAAUUCAUCUAUGAGUGUGUUCUGUGCAAAGCUACGACUGGACGUCAUUCCAAGUCUCUGGACACAGAGCGCUUUGUGUGUGCGUUCUGCGGGGGGCAGCUGGUCCUGAGUCAGCCUGCUCGGAAGGAUGGCACUCCUGCUAGAGCACAUCUAAUGCCCUCUGCAAAGUUUGGGGAAGAAAACUGUGAACUUACUGAAAGAGAGCAGCAUGGGCUGAGUCAUGCAGAAGUCAUGAGGAAACUCAGUGCUGAUUUUGCUUUAAAAACUAGUCUUCAAGAUUCCUUGUAA